AAGGCGGGGUCACACGAGCAACAAACUCCAGAAUUUUCUGCCGAGAUUUUCUCUCGACAAUUUUCUGCCAACCUUUUUUUCUCGAGUUUGAGUCACACAGGGUACCAAACUUCCUUGCCGAAUACUGUUGCAUUAUGGGAGAUAUCAGCUGAGCAGAAUCAAAACAAACAUGGAUCCUGACGUAGCAGCGCUCGCUCUGGGCAUUCUUCUGAAGAAGCUGGAGAUGAAAAGAAGAAAGUGCCUGUGGACUCGGGAAUGGUUGGCUCGAAGACGAACCGAGAUUGUACUACAGGUUGCUUCGAGAAAUUAGCACCGAGGACCCAGACACGAUGAGGCAGUGGCUAUGGUUGAACCAGGCUCAGUUCCAGACCUUAUUGGACCAGGUUACUCCACUCAUCAAGAAGCAGGACACAAAUAUGCGUUCGUCUGUGACACAUGCAGAACGCCUAAAGCUUACCUUGCGCUAUUUAGCAACAGGUGAAACAUAUCGGUCGCUGUCCUGCCAGUUCCGAAUCAGCCACAACUUGAUUUCGUCCAUCGCCCUGAGGUGUGCCAAGCAGUCUACAAAGUCCUGCAACCAGCCUACGUCAAUCUUCCCAAGACUGCAGAAGAAUGGCGCAAGGUUGCAAGGGAUUUCUACACAUUGUGGGAUUUUCCCAACUGCUUAGGGGCACUUGACGGUAAACGAAUUCUGAUCAGUAAACCUCCGAGCAGUGGAUCAGAGUUUUAUGGUUAUAAGGGGCACUUCAGUGUUAUCUUAAUGGCACUUGUAGAUGCAGACUACAAGUUCUAUUAUGUAGAUGUUGGUGCCUGUGGACAUGCAAGUGAUGGUGGUGUGUGGGACAAUUGUACGCUAAAGGAGGCGGUAGAUUCUAAUCUCUUGCAAAUCCCUCAACCAGAAAUGCUUCCUUUCACAGAUAAGACCUGCCCCUAUGUAUUUGUUGGUGAUGAUGCCUUUCCAUAAUAAGAGUAUUUGAUGAAACCUUACCCUGGAAGGGAUCAGACACCCGACAAGGGAGCUUACAAUUAUCGUCUAUCUCGUGCUUGGAGAACCUCAGAAAAUGCAUUUGGAAUCCUGUCAGCUAGGUUUCAAGUAUUCAAGCAACUUAUAAAGACAUCACCAGAAAAUGUGAAGGACAUUACUCUAGCUGUUGUUGCUUUACAUAAUAUGUUACGAGUUAUGUCCUCAGACUCUUACUCCCCUCCAGACUUAGUGGACAGGGAAGACACCAACAGUGGCAGGUUGUUGCAAGGGCAGUGGCACCAGUAUCCUCAGAAUGGCUUUGAAAGACUUGCAGUUGUUGCAACACUAGAAGAAAGGUUUUUAGUUUAGGAAUUAGUCUUAUCUUUCUUAGGGCUAGAUAUACUCCAUAUAUAUAUAGUUUAAGUUUAAGGCACAUCUGAUGUACUUGCACUGUUUAGUGUAAAAUAUAUUGUUAACUUAUAAAAUGUCUUUAG